AUGGAGUUUUCCAUGCUUUCCACUGUUGACCUCGGGCCACGCUAUUGGAAGUUUAAUACAUCACAUCUCACUGAUCCAUCUUUUUGCGAACAACUAAACUCUUUUUGGUUACAUUGGCGUUCACAGAAGCAUUGUUAUUCGUCUUUUGGAGCAUGGUGGGAUGCGGGUAAAGUCAAACUAAAAAAAACAGAUUCGUAAGUUCUCCAAAGAUCAGGCACACCAUACGAAGACACGUAUCAAAUCCUUACAGACAUCGGUCUUUCAUUUAAACAGACGCCUGGCAAAUGGUGAAGAUGUUGAAGCCUUUUUACGGGAAGCAAAAUUAGAACUGGAAAUCUAUUUAUUGAAACAGGCAAAGGGUGCCCAAGUUCGGGCACAUAUUCAAUGGGCUGAAGAUGGCAAACGCUCUACGUCCUUUUUCUUUCGUCAAGAGAAAACUCAUAGUAGCCGCAGUAUCAUCACAAGUAUUUCUCGUCCAGAUGGUUCCUUUGCUACCAAGUCGCAAGGUAUCCUUCAAGUUUUUCACUCCUAUUAUCAAGAUCUUUUUACCUCCAAAUCAUUGGAUGAGCACGAACAACAAUUUUUCAUCUCCAAUAUUCAGUUCUGACUUAACAAAACUGAAUGUCGAUCGUGCAAAGGACCUAUGUUGCAGGAGGAGUGUUUCAAGGCUUUGAAAAACAUGUCACAUAAUAAGUCACCUGGGUUAGAUGGUCUUCCUGCUGAGCUCUAUUUGCAUUUUUGGUCCAUCCUGGGGGAAGAUUUUACUGCCAUGAUUAAUGAAUGUUAUGAUCUCGGUUGUCUCACGAUGUCCCAGCACAAAGGUCUGAUUACCCUUCUGUUCAAGCGUGGGGAUCGUAACAAUACCAAGAACUGGCAACCUAUUAUGUUGCUUUGUGCGGAUUAUAAGAUCGCGUCGAAAGUGAUUGCAAAUCGUCUCCUUAACAGUCGUUUCCACUGUUGUUUCAGCUUCCCAGACGGGUGGAAUUCCUGGCCGCCUCUCAGCAGAGAAUAUUUGUCUAUUAAAAGAUAUUGUUUUGCACGCAAAUGAUGAUGUUUCUGCUGCAAUUUUAUCUCUGGACCAGGAGAAAGCAUUUGACAGGGUCGAAUGGUCUUUUCUGACUAAAGUCCUGGGUGCUAUGGGUUUUGGUCUCUCUUUCCAACAGUGGGUCAGGUUAUUUUAUACUAAUAUUGGUUCUUCAGUUAUUGUUAACGGUUUCAUUUCAACUGAUUUCAACAUCACACACGGCGUGCGGCAGGGAUGCCCAUUGUCUCCAUUACUUUAUGUUUUGGUCAUCGAAGCUCUGGCUAUCACCAUUCAGAAAGAUCCUGAAAUUGAUUGGUACCCCUUACCAGAUGGAACCCAACAAAAAGUCUGUCAAUAUGCUGAUGAUACUAUGGCACUCGUUACAUCGGAUCAUUCUACUACAAAGCUGUUUUCUACCUUUACUUGGUACGAGAAGACAUCUGGCGCAAAGUUCAAUCUGGGGAAGUGUCAUGGUUUGUUAAUUGGCUCAUGGCGGGGUAGAUCUGUGUUUCCUGUGGAUCUGGAUUGGACUAAUGAGGCUAUUGUCACAUUGGGUAGCCGUAUCAGUAAUGAUAGCAAAGAAAAUUGGGCUGUUCCAUUGAAGAAAUAUGAGGACCUUUUGAUCUCAUGGAAGCAAUGCAGUCUGUCAUUUCGUGGUCAUACGUUGAUCGUUAGUGCUCUUGGUUUAAGUCUAUUUUGGUAUCUGGCCACCUUUGAAAGUAUUCCACAAUCACUGGUUGUCAAGAUUAAUGGUCUCAGUUUUCCCUAUAUUUGGGGGAAGAAACGUGAAUGGCUUGCACACACAUCAGUUAUGCAACCGAUCAAAGAUGGUGGUCUUGGGGCUGUUGAUGUGGAUAAGAAGACCAUGUCUCUGCAUUGUUUAUGA